CUCCCUCUGUCUCUCCCGCUUCACUCCACAGCGACAGCAGCGCUCACCAGCACACCACAACACACCACCGCUGUCGCUGGCACGCUAACACACACACACUCACACACACGCACGCACGCACACACACUGAGCGGCAUCCUCAGCACAGACCGAGACGCCCUUGGACUGCUGCAGGCGAGGAUGAGGGUGUGGUCAUGGGAACAGUGUGGGGAGACGGUCAUGGUCCUGCUGGGCUUCCUGACGCUGGCAGUAUCUGUGGGGAACCUGUCCACAAGGGGACUGCAGGAGGACGGCGUGGCGUCCAACAGUCUGGAGGAGGAGCUGGAGGUCACCACGUACUGGUGGGGGGAGUGGGCCAAGUGGACAGCCUGCACUCGUACCUGUGGAGGGGGAGUGAUGUCACAGGAAAGACACUGCCUCAAACAGAGAAAAAAAGUUGCUGCUGGGAAAGACAACAUGACCUGUACAGGAACUGCUAAGAAAUAUCAUCUCUGCAACACUAAAGAAUGUCCUGCGACGGGGAGGAGCUUCAGAGAGGAGCAGUGCUGGUCCUUCAACUCCCAGCUUUACAAUGGGAGGAACUACCAGUGGAAACCUCUGUAUCCUGACGACUACGUUCACAUCUCUAGUAACCCCUGUGACCUCCACUGCACCACCACCGACGGCCAGAGGCAGCUGAUGGUGAUGGCACGAGACGGCACUUCAUGCAAGUACAGCAGUUACCGCGGCGUCUGCGUGGACGGUAAGUGUGAGCCAAUCGGAUGUGACGGAGUACUGUUUUCCUCCAACACCUUGGAUAAGUGUGGGGUCUGUCAGGGGGACGGCAGCAGCUGCAGCAGGGUCACCGGAAACUUCCGCCGUGGAGCCAUGACUCUGGGUUACUCCUUUAUCACUCAAAUCCCUGAAGGAUCAUGGGACAUCCAGAUCAUUGAGAGGAAGAAGUCGGCUGAUGUUCUAGCUGUGACUGACCAGGCAGGCAACUUCUUCUUUAACGGGGCUUACAAGGUGGACAGUCCCCAGAACUUCCACGCAGCAGGAACCGUUUUUAAGUACCGGCGACCCAUGGAUGUCUACGAGACCGGGAUAGAGUACAUUGUUGCCAAAGGCCCCAUCGACCAGGCCAUCAAUAUUCUGGUGUGGAACCAGAACGGUCGCACACCGUACAUCACUUACGAAUACACCGUCCUUCGAGACUCCCUGCCACCCAUCCCACCUCCUCCACUCUACACGGGAUCAGACACCUCAGCCGGAGAGGUUUCUGUGGAGGUGGGGAGUCUGCUGCCACCGAACAGCAGUAUUUAUGACCAGGCGGCCCCUGAGGGCCAGUUAGAGCCGGGAGGGGCCGAGGUGCAGAAGGGCCAAGAGACCAACGAGGUGUAUGAGGAGACAGCGGAAAUCAGCUGUGACCAGGAUGUAGCAGCUGCCCCAAAAUCUACAGAAGGAAACAGCAGCCAUAGCACUGCCAAGCCUGCUACUGCCGGUGGCUCCCUGGAUGUGGUGCCAGACUCCCCAAAUCUCAUCUGGAGGGUUCUGCUGGAUGGCCGAAUUGGCCCAGAUGAGCUGCUCAUCAACAUCUCAACCAAUCAGCUGCUGACAGAGGGAGACAGUUUGUUCUCAUCAGAGGUGGGGCCAGUGGAGGCGGACCUGAGCAGCCUGGAGCAAGACAGGCUUAAUGAGACGCUGGAGUUUGCUCUGGGUCGCAAACGCAACGACAGCGGAGACAGUUCCUACCAGAACAAAACAGUGCAGAGUGGGGGAAGGACCUCCAGCCGCGCCAACAGAACAAGGGGGAAUCAAAGGAUUCACCAGAAGAACCUGAAGCUGAGUGCUGCUGACAUGUAUCGCUGGAAACUUUCCUCUCAGGAGCCCUGCAGCAUGACCUGCUCUAUAGGAGUGUCAAAGUCUUUCGUCACAUGUAUUCGUUAUGAUGGCAUCGAGGUGCACGAUAUGUACUGUGAUGCUCUGACCAGACCAGAGCCGGUCCACGACUUCUGUAUUGGGAGAGAAUGUCAGCCCAGAUGGGAGGCGAGCAGCUGGAGCGAGUGCUCAAGGACGUGCGGGGAGGGUUUCCAGUUUCGCCAAGUUCGCUGUUGGAAGAUGCUUUCACCAGGCCUGGACAGCUCGGUCUACAGUGACCUCUGCACCAUGGCUGACCUGGAGAGACCUAUGGAGAGACGGCCCUGCAAGAGCCCCGCGUGCGGCCCACAGUGGGAGGUGGCCGAGUGGACCGAGUGUCCUGCUAAAUGUGGCCGCAAAGCCCAGGUGAGCCGUGAUGUCCGGUGCUCCGAUGAGACCAGACCAUGUGACCCGAUGACCAAACCGCCAAAUAUCAAAAACUGCACAGGCCCUCCCUGCGAACGCCACUGGACUGUGUCCGAGUGGGGGCCUUGCUCGGGGUCAUGCGGCCAGGGGAAGAUGGUACGUCAUGUGUACUGUAAGGCUCCGGAGGGUCGCGUGGUUCCUGAGAACCAGUGCUCCGCGGAGAACAAGCCGCUGGCCAGCUACCCCUGUGGGGAGAGAGACUGUGCUCCACACUGGCUGAGCCAAGACUGGGAGAGGUGUAACACAACCUGUGGUCGUGGCGUGAAGCGAAGGAUGGUCCUGUGUGUCGGCAUCAGUGGAGGAAAGUUCCAGACCUUUGAUGAUGAGGCGUGUGGAGCCAGCGAGAAGCCUGAGGAGGAAAACACUUGUUUUGAAAGGCCAUGCUUCAAAUGGUACACCACCCCCUGGUCUGAGUGCACUAAGACGUGUGGUGUGGGUGUGAGGAUGAGGGACGUGAAGUGUUACCAGGGCAGGGAGUUGGUCCGAGGCUGCGACCCGCUCACCAAACCUGUGGCCAAACAGACCUGCACCCUGCAGCCCUGUCCCACUGAGCCGCCAGAUGAGAGCUGCCAGGAUCGUCCCUCUACCAACUGCCUGCUGGCGCUGAAGGUCAACCUGUGCAGCCACUGGUACUACAGCAAAGCCUGCUGCCACUCCUGCCGCGCCGUACGACCUCCAACCUCCUAGUCCAGGACACCACAGCCUCUCUCCACCCCGAAUCUAACUUCAGCACGAGGAAAGAAAUGGUUACGUUUAUGUACACGUGAUGCUACAGUUACUGUGAACAUUGAGAGGAAGCUGAAAGGCACCUGGAAGCACCUACCUGUUUUUAAGAAGCAGCGCUUCCUCCACUAGCUUGGUUUUACAUGGGUUCAUCUAUCAGUCGGAUAGUUCAAAUGAUUUAAGAUGAAAUCUGGUCAUCUUGAUAUCAGACAAAAACAUUUUGCCCUGUUGAUGUUUCAUCAACAGCAAUGUUCACAGAUACUGUACAACAGGAACACAUUUGUCAUUCUCUAUUUGCUCUUUUUCUUACAUCUUUUCCACUUUCUUUUUCAAUCACAAAUUGUAACGUAAAAUAGAAAAAGAAUAUGUUUAAUUUGAGGGGAACUUUACUACUCUACUACUCAAAUUUUGAUUUGUUACUAUUACUUCCCAGUGUGUGUAGGGAGGCCUUUCAUAAAACAUUGAAAUCACCUGCCGCAGCCUUUCGUCUCGAGACCUCUGAAACAUUUCAAAACAGAUUCGGCAAACAUAAAGAACAUUUAGUUAAGAAAAGACAUAUCCUAAGAUUUGUCCUAAGAAAUCUUUCUUUGACCAUCUCCAAUAUAAGAUCUCAUGCUAGUCCUGAGCCCUAUGUUGAGCCCCACAGCUGCCCUCACUCCUUCGCACCAUCGCACAGAAUAACAGGAUUAACUAAAAGAACAGACAGUUAAUGUUUCUCAUCAUCCUCAUCACAAUUCUCAUUAUGAUUAAACCGUAUUUCAAGCAUAAAGCCAGUUUCUGCCAGCUGUCAUUGAUUAUUUGUCUUCCUCUAACAACACGUGGAGUUGGAGACGAAGUGGAGUCGACACUCAAAUGGUCUUACAGACCUCCUUCAUCAGUUAGCAGCUUGCUCUUGUUGUGUUCAUCGCUACCAUGAAAAGAUGUACUAAAUUAUUGCUCAUCGGAAUAUACUGCAUGAUUGGAAUAUUUAAGACGGAUACUGUUUAUGAAAUAUUAUUUAAUUGUGUUUCAAUUUGGUGUCUGGCAUGUAAAAAGCUCAUAUUUCCAUUCCACCCCCUGCUGUUUGGCACCGUGCCGGUAGCCCUGCAGGAUAUGGAAGCAUAUUUAUUAGUCAUAGCACAUUUUCAUUUUAUCGCGACGCUCCUGAUGCCAGCCAAUGGUUAUUCAUCGGGUCAACUGAUGCCAGUUCUGGUCUGUGUGUGUGACAGAGGAGGAGAGAGUUCAUAUAAACACAGAAAGAAAGAUUCCUGACACUUGAAGUAUGGUUGAAAUGUAUUCAGACGUGUACAUGUAUGUCUCAUUUUUAACUAUUGUGUACUGUGUUUUUAUAUAACUGAUACCUCUUUGUACAAAACGUAAGUAUGGAAAUUGUGUACUGUUGAUAAUAUACUGACUUGUAUUUCAAUUAAAGAAGAGUUC